AGCUGCAUCAGGCUUUAUCCUACUUGUUCCUUUGGUGAACCAGGUUCACUUAAACUUGCAAAAAGAUGACCGACCUCUUGAGAAGUGUCGUCACCGUAAUUGAUGUUUUCUACAAAUACACCAAGCAAGAUGGGGAGUGUGGCACACUGAGCAAGGAUGAACUAAAGGAACUUCUGGAGAAAGAGUUUCAUCCAAUUCUGAAGAACCCAGAUGAUCCAGACACAGUGGAUGUCAUCAUGCAUAUGCUGGAUCGAGAUCAUGACAGAAGAUUGGACUUUACUGAGUUUCUUUUGAUGAUAUUCAAGCUGACUAUGGCCUGCAACAAGGUCCUCAGCAAAGAAUACUGCAAAGCUUCAGGGUCAAAGAAGCAUAGGCGUGGUCACCGACACCAAGAAGAAGAAAGCGAAACAGAAGAGAAUGAAGAGGAUACACCAGGAUAUAAAUCAGGUUACAGACAUUCAAGUUGGAGUGAGGGAGAGGAGCAUGGAUAUAGUUCUGGGCACUCAAGGGGAACUGUGAAACGUAGACAUGGGUCCAACUCCAGGAGGCUAGGAAGACAAGGUAAUUUAUCCAGCUCUGGGAACAAAGAGGGAUCUCAGAAAAGAUACCACAGGUCCAGCUCUGGUCACUCAUGGAGUAGUGGCAAAGAGAGACAUGGUUUCAGCUCUGGAGAACUGAGAGAAAGAAUAAACAAGUCACACAUUAGCCCUUCUAGGGAAUCUGGGGAAGAGUAUGAAUCUGGAUCUGGAUCAAAGAGUUGGGAAAGGAAAGGUCAUGGUGGUCUGUCAUGUGGAUUGGAGACUAGUGGGCAUGAAUCAAACUCUACUCAGUCAAGAAUUAGAGGACAAAAGCUUGGGUCUAGCUGCUCAGGUUCAGGAGAUAGUGGGAGGCGAAGUCAUGCAUGUGGUUAUAGCAAUUCAAGUGGGUGUGGAAGGUCACAAAAUGCUUCAAGUUCUUGUCAGUCACAUAGAUUUGGAGGGCAAGGAAAUCAAUUUAGCUAUAAUCAGUCAGGCUGUCAGUCAGGAAUUAAUGGAGGACAAGGCCAUGGCUGUGUCUCAGGAGGUCAGCCCUCUGGAUGUGGUCAACCUGAGUCUAACUCCUGCAGUGAGUCCUAUAGUCAGACAGGAUAUGGAGCUAGAGAAAAUGGUCAACCACAGAACUGUGGAGGACAAUGGAGAACAGGCUCAAGUCAGUCCUCUUGUUGUGGACAAUAUGGGUCUGGAGGUAGCCAGUCUUGUAGUAAUGGUCAACAUGAAUAUGGUUCUUGUGGCCACUUUUCAAACUCUUCUAGUUCAAAUGAAUUUUCCAAAUGUGGUCAAUAUGGGUCUGGUUCAGGUCAGUCUACUAGCUUUGAACAACGUGGAACAGGCUUGAGUCAGUCUUCUGGGUUCGAACAACAUGUAUCUGGCUCAGGUCAAACUUGUGGCCAGCAUGAGUCUACAUCAAGUCAAUCCUUGGGUUAUGACCAGCAUGGGUCUAGCUCAGGUAAGACAUCUGGCUUUGGACAACAUGGGUCUGGCUCAGGUCAGUCCUCUGGCUUUGGACAAUGUGAAUUAGGCUCAGGUCAGUCCUCUGGCUUUGGACAGCAUGGGUCUGUCUCAGGACAAUCUUCUGGUUUUGGACAGCAUGGGUCUGUCUCAGGACAAUCCUCUGGUUUUGGACAACAUGAGUCUAGAUCACGUCAGUCUAGCUAUGGCCAACACAGUUCUGGCUCAAGUCAGUCAUCUGGCUAUGGCCAACAUGGGUCUAGACAGACAUCUGGCUUUGGACAACAUGGGCCAGGCUCAAGUCAAUCCACUGGCUUUGGCCAAUAUGGAUCAGGCUCAGGUCAGUCCUCUGGCUUUGGACAACAUGCGUCUGGCUCAGGACAAUCCUCUGGUUUUGGACAACAUGAGUCUAGAUCAGGUCAUUCUAGCUAUGGCCAACAUGGUUUUGGCUCAAGUCAAUCAUCUGGCUGUGGUCAACAUGGGUUGAGUUCAGGACAGACAUCUGGAUUUGGACAACAUGAGUUAAGCUCAGGUCAGUCUUCCAGCUUUGGCCAACAUGGAUCAGGCUCAGGUCAGUCCUCUGGCUUUGGACAACAUGGCUCUGGCUCAGGACAAUCCUCUGGCUUUGGACAACAUGAGUCUAGAUCACGUCAGUCUAGCUAUGGCCAACACAGUUCUGGUUCAAGUCAGUCAUCUGGCUAUGGCCAACAUGCGUCUAGACAGACAUCUGGCUUUGGACAUGGGUCAGGCUCAAGUCAAUCCACUGGCUUUGGCCGAUAUGGAUCAGGCUCAGGUCAGUCCGCUGGCUUUGGACAACGUGUGUCUGGCUCAGGACAAUCCUCUGGUUUUGGACAACAUGAGUCUAGAUCAGGUCAUUCUGGCUAUGGCCAACAUGGUUUUGGCUCAAGUCAAUCAUCUGGCUGUGGUCAACAUGGGUCAAGUUCAGGACAGACAUCUGGAUUUGGACAACACGAGUUAAGCUCAGGUCAGUCUUCCAGCUUUGGCCAACAUGGAUCAGGCUCAGGACAAUUCUCUGGCUUUGGACAGCAUGAGUCUAGAUCAAGUCAGUCUAGUUAUGGCCAACAUGGUUCUGGCUCAAUUCAGUCAUCUGGCUAUGGUCAACAUAGGUCUAGUUCAGGACAGACAACUGGCUUUGGACAACACAGGUCAAGCUCAGGUCAAUCCUCUGGCUUUGGCCAACAUGGAUCAAGCUCAGGUCAGUCCUCUGGCUUUGGACAACAUGGGACUGGUUCAGGACAAUCCUCUGGUUUUGGACAACAUGAGUCUAGAUCACAUCAGUCUAGCUAUGGCCAACAUGGUUCUGGCUCAAGUCAAUCAUCUGGCUAUGCUCAACAUGGGUCAAAUUCAGGACAGACAUCUGGAUUUGGACAACACAGGUCAGGCUCAGGUCAGUCCUCUGGCUUUGGCCAAUAUGGAUUGGGCUCAGAUCAGUCUUCUGGCUUUGGACAACAUGGGUCAGGCACAGGAAAAUCCUCUGGCUUUGCACAGCAUGAGUACAGAUCAGGUCAGACUAGCUAUGGCCAACAUGGUACUGGCUCCAGUCAAUCAUCUGGCUGUGGCCAACAUGAGUCUGGCUCAGGUCCAACCACAGGUUUUGGACAGCAUGUGUCUGGCUCAGACAAUUUCUGUAGUUCUGGACAACAUAUAUCUGACUCAGGUCAGUCCACUGGAUUUGGCCAAUAUGGUUCAGGCUCAGGUAAAUCAACUGGCUUGGGCGAGGGUGAAUCUCAACAAGUAGAGUCAGGAUCCACAGUUCAUGGGAGACAGGAAACUACUCAUGGUCAGAUAAUAAAUACCACUAGACAUAGCCAGUCUGGUCAAGGACAAUCCACACAGACAGGGUCCAGGGUAACUAGAAGACGAAGAUCUAGCCAAAGUGAGAACAGUGACAGUGAAGUGCACUCAAGGGUCUCACAUAGACAUUCAGAACACAUUCACACACAAGCUGGAUCUCACUACCCAAAGUCAGGAUCCACAGUUCGCAGAAGACAAGGAACUACUCAUGGACAGAGAGGAGAUACCACUAGACAUGGCCAUUCUGGUCAUGGACAGUCUACACAGACAGGUUCCAGAACAUCUGGAAGAAAGAUAUUUAGCCACAGUGAUGCCACUGACAGUGAAGUGUACUCAGGGGUCUCACAUAGACCACACUCACAAGAACAAACUCACAGCCAAGCUGGAUCUCAACAUGGAGAGCCAGAAUCCACAGUUCAUGAGAGACAUGAAACUACUUAUGGACAGACAGGAGCGGCCACUGGACAUGGCCACUCUGGUCAUGGACAGUCCACACAGAGAGGGUCCAGGACAACUGGAAGAAGGGGAUCUGGCCAUAGUGAGUCCAGUGACAGUGAAGUGCACUCAGGGGGCUCACAUAGACCACAAUCACAAGAACAAAUUCAUGGCCAAGCCGGAUCUCAACAUGGAGAGUCAGGAUCCACAGUUCACGGGAGACACAGAACUACUCAUGGACAGACAGGAGAUACCACUAGACAUGCCCACUAUCAUCAUGGAAAAUCCACACAGAGAGGGUCCAGUACAACUGGAAGAAGGGGAUCUGGCCACAGUGAGUCCAGUGACAGUGAAGUGCACUCAGGGGGCUCACACACACAUUCAGGACACACUCACAGCCAAGGUGGAUCUCAACAUGGAGAGUCAGAAUCCAUAGUUCAUGAGAGACACAGAAUUACUCAUGGACAGACAGGAGAUACCACUAGACAUUCCCACUCUGGUCAUGAACAAACCACACAGACAGGGUCCAGGACAACUGGAAGACAGAGAACUAGCCACAGUGGGUCCACUGACACUGAAGUGCACUCAGAGGGCUCACACAGACCGCACUCACGAGAACACACUUAUGGCCAAGCCAGAUCUCAACAUGGAGAGCCAGAAUUCACAGUUCAUGAGAGACACGGAACUACUCAUGGACAGACAGGAGACACCACUAGACAUUCCGACUCUGGUCAUGGACAGUCAACACAGAGAGGGUCCAGGACAACUGGAAGACAGAGAUCUAGCCACAGUGAGUCCAGUGACAGUGAAGUGCACUCAGGGGUCUCACACACACAUACAGGACACACUUAUGGUCAAGCUGGACCUCAACAUGGACAGUCAGAAUCCAUAGUUCAUGAGAGACAUGGAACUACUCAUGGACACACAGGAGAUACCACUAGACAUGCCCACUAUCAUCAUGGACUAACCACACAGACAGGGUCCAGGACUACUGGAAGAAGGGGAUCUGGCCACAGUGAGUACAGUGACAGUGAAGGGUACUCAGAAGUCUCACAUACACAUUCAGGACACACUCAUGGCCAAGCCGGAUCUCAACAUGCAGAGUCAGAAUCCACAGUUGAUGAGAGACAUGGAACUAUACAUGGACAGACAGGAGAUACCACUAGACAUGCCCACUCUAGUCAUGGACAGUCCACACAGACAGGGUCCAGGACCACUGGAAGAAGGGCAUCUGGCCACAGUGAGUACAGUGACAGUGAAGGGCACUCAGGGUUCUCACAAAGACCACACUCACGAGGACACACUCACGGCCAAGCUGGAUCUCAACAUGGAGAGUCAGAAUCCAUCGUUGAUGAGAGACACAGGACUACUCAUGGACAGACAGGAGAUACCAGUGGACAUUCUCAAUCUGGUCAUGGACAGGCCACGCAGUCAGGAUCCAGUACAACUGGAAGAAGGAGAUCUGGCCACAGUGAGUCCAGUGACAGUGAAGUGCACUCAGGCGGCUCACACACACAUUCAGGACACACACACGGCCAAGCCGGAUCUCAACAUGGAGAGUCAAAAUCCACAGUUCACGAGAGACACCAAACUACUCAUGGACAGACAGGAGAUACCACUGAACAUGGCCACCCUAGUCAUGGACAAACCACACAGACAGGGUCCAGGACAACUGGAAGAAGGGCAUCUGGCCACAGUGAGUACAGUGACAGUGAAGGGCACUCAGGGGGCUCACACACACAUUCAGGACACACUCACGGUCAAGCUGGAUCUCACUAUCCAGAGUCAGGAUCCUCAGUUCAUGAGAGACACGGAACUACUCAUGGACAAACAGCAGAUACCACUAGACAUGGCCACUCUGGUCAUGGACAGUCCACACAGAGAGGGUCUAGGACAACUGGAAGAAGGGGAUCAGGCCACAGUGAGUCCAGUGACAGUGAAGUGUACUCAGGAGUCUCACACACACAUUCAGGACACACUCACGGCCAAGCCGGAUCUCAACAUGGAGAGUCAGGAUCCUCAGUCCACGGGAGACAGGGAACUAUACAUGGACAGACAGGAGAUACCACUAGACAUGCCCACUCUGGUCAUGGACAGUCCACACAUAGAGAGUCCAGGACAACUGGAAGAAGGGCAUCUGGCCACAGUGAGUACAGUGACAGUGAAGUACACUCAGGGGUCUCACACACACAUUCAGGACACACACACGGCCAAUCCGGAUCUCAACAUGGAGAGUCAGAAUCCACAGUUCACGAGAGACACCACACUACUCAUGGAGAGAUAGGAGAUACCACUGAACAUGGCCACUCUGGUCAUGGACAAGUCACACAGACAGGGUCCAGGACAACAGGAAGACAGAGAUCUAGGCACAGUGAGUCCAGUGACAGUGAAGUGCACUCAGGGGGCUCACACACACCACACUCACAAGAACACACUCAUGGCCAAGCCGGAUCUGAACAUGGAGAGUCAGAGUCCACAGUUCACGAGAGACACCAAACUACUCAUGGACAGAGAGCAGAUACCACUGGACAUGCCCACUCUGGUCAUAGACAAGCCACACAGAGAGGGUCCAGGACAACUGGAAGAAGGGCAUCUGGCCACAGUGAGUACAGUGACAGUAAAGUGCACUCAGGGGGCUCACACACACAUUCAGGACACACUCAUGGCCAAGCCGGAUCCCAACAUAGAGAGUCAGGAUCCUCAGUUCAUGAGAAACAUGGAACUAUACAUGGACAGACAGGAGAUACCACUAGACAUGCCCACUCUGGUCAUGGACAGUCCACACAGACAGGGUCCAGGACCACUGGAAGAAGAGCAUCUGGCCACAGUGAGUACAGUGACAGUGAAGGGCACUCAGGGUUCUCACAAAGGCCACACUCACGAGGACACACUCACGGCCAAGCUGGAUCUCAACAUGGAGAGUCAGAAUCCAUCGUUGACGAGAGACACAGGACUACUCAUGGACAGACAGGAGAUACCAGUGGACAUUCUCAAUCUGGUCAUGGACAGGCCACGCAGUCAGGAUCCAGUACAACUGGAAGAAGGAGAUCUGGCCACAGUGAGUCCAGUGACCGUGAAGUGCACUCAGGCGGCUCACACACACAUUCAGGACACACACACGGCCAAGCCGGAUCUCAACAUGGAGAGUCAAAAUCCACAGUUCACGAGAGACACCAAACUACUCAUGGACAGACAGGAGAUACCACUGAACAUGGCCACCCUAGUCAUGGACAAACCACACAGACAGGGUCCAGGACAACUGGAAGAAGGGCAUCUGGCCACAGUGAGUACAGUGACAGUGAAGGGCACUCAGGGGACUCACACACACAUUCAGGACACACUCACGGUCAAGCUGGAUCUCACUAUCCAGAUCCACACAGAGAGGGUCUAGGACAACUGGAAGAAGGGGAUCAGGCCACAGUGAAUCCAGUGACAGUGAAGUGUACUCAGGAGUCUCACACACACAUUCAGGACACACUCACGGCCAAGCCGGAUCUCAACAUGGAAAGUCAGGAUCCUCAGUCCACGGGAGACAGGGAACUAUACAUGGACAGACAGGAGAUACCACUAGACAUGCCCACUCUGGUCAUGGACAGUCCACACAUAGAGAGUCCAGGACAACUGGAAGAAGGGCAUCUGGCCACAGUGAGUACAGUGACAGUGAAGUACACUCAGGGGUCUCACACACACAUUCAGGACACACACACGGCCAAUCCGGAUCUCAACAUGGAGAGUCAGAAUCCACAGUUCACGAGAGACACCACACUACUCAUGGAGAGAUAG